GGUAACAUUAGUUUUUGAUGUGUGGCUGUGGGUGAAGAUCGAACGAAAGAAUAAAUAAUUUGUUCCAAGUAUUUGUACAGUAACAAACUAUUUUAAAUCACUUUAUAAGAUAAUUCAUACAUUAUGAUUACUCUACUGCCUUGACCCCAAGUAUUGUGAAUAUAACAUAUACUUUGUGAGUUAUUUUGGUAAUCGGUGACAUUUCAGUGAAGUGCCUAAUUUGAUCAUGGAGGCUAUAGCAAAACACGAUUUCACUGCUACCGCUGAUGAUGAACUGAGUUUUAGGAAAAACCAGGUUCUAAAAAUACUAAAUAUGGAGGAAGACAUGAAUUGGUACAGGGCAGAAUUAGACGGCAGAGAAGGACUAAUACCUAGCAACUAUAUCCAAAUGAAAAACCACAGUUGGUAUUAUGGAAGGAUCACAAGAGCAGAUGCCGAGAGACUAUUAGCAAAUAAGCCAGAAGGGGGAUUUCUUAUAAGGAUCAGUGAAUCAAGCCCUGGAGACUUCUCCUUAUCUGUCAAAUGUCCGGACGGCGUUCAACACUUUAAAGUACUGCGCGAUGCGUCGAGCAAAUUCUUCCUCUGGGUGGUGAAGUUCAAUUCCCUCAACGAACUGGUGGACUACCACCGCACGGCGUCCGUCAGCCGCCUACAGGACGUCAAGCUCAAAGACGUCGUGCCAGAAGAGACGUUGGUGCAAGCGCUAUACGACUUCACCCCGCAGGAAGCCGGCGAGCUCGAGUUCCGACGCGGUGACGUCAUCACCGUCACGGACCGCUCCGACCAGCACUGGUGGCAGGGGGAGAUCGCACACCGCCGCGGCCUGUUCCCCGCGUCGUACGUGACCGCCUACCACUCAUAGUGCACCCCCGGCCCGCCCGUACCGUGACACCACCACCGGUAAUACUACUUCUUACUUGCGUUCGCUUACCGUUACUGACCAUUUAUAUGGUCAUUUUUUCUUAGCCGACUUCUAUUACGUCCUUACUGUUCUACAAUAUAAUUCUCCGUAAAGUAAAAUUCAUGAAAAUAUGGCCAUCAACGUUUUACUCUCAUAAGUGUUAAGUCUAGUACAAGCCUAGUCUGUAGUUAUGCAGAUCUUUAAUUCAUAAUUAUACCUACAUUUGAUCGUCGAACAACUUUCUGCUCGAAACAUAGUAUAGCUGAACUUUCCCAGGGAUUCCAAAACGAAGUACAAUAUUGUUCUCGCAUUAACGGAAACUCCUUGUGUGACGUUGGACAUUCCUGUUAAAGAGACACUCAGCCAGAUGUGAUACCAGCUCCUAAAAUCAAAUUAAUAUAAUAAUGUCGGCGGUCUCAAUAACAGGCUAGAUAUCGGAUUGGAAUGGCAAAUGCUUGCCUAGUAUACUUGUAAAUACAGCCAAAUUACGACACGAUCAAUCCAGGGUUUACGAACUCGUAACUUAUUACAUAUAUCAAACCAGGUCACUCACGAUUGCUUGGCCCGUUUCUCUUCAAAGGAGCAUCUUCACGAGCAAACGUCGACUUAAAAUACGUAUGUCUGUGUCUCACGGAAGUUUUGUUAUUAAAAUAUAACUCGUAACGUUUUUAACGGUAACCGAACGCACCUCUACGGUCCGCGCGAGAGAUAUGCUUGGACAUCUCGCGCGCGUAUUGUUUCCAUCGUUUAUACGUAUCUUCCCAGGCGAUAGUUCACUUAUCGACCAGUAGGCAUAUAAAAUAUGACCAUUUUGUCCGGUCCACUCACAUUAUAUUGAUAAGACCGUCCGUCUAGCUCUAACAAGCAUCUUAAUACGAAAUAGACGGAUUGUUCUUACACCAAUACACAAUUAUGUCGCCUAGCUAUUAUAAAAUAUAACCAAGAGACAGGCAAAGUCUAAGAAAAUUUUGUACGAAAGUAAUGCUGACAUUGUUAUCAAUUUAAGCGCGCAUUCUUCGGCUUUGCAUGUAGUCAAAGUUAGUGGAUAAGUUUGACAAUAUAAGUAGAAGAAUCCAUCAGUCAAGUCGCGAGCAUCAUUUUGACAAUAUCUACCGAUUAUGACGACGAGAUUAUGUCUGGUGUAUUCUUUUACUAACCAAUAAACCAAGGCCUCGGCAAUGAGCCUAAUAUAUCUGAAGCGAAUGACUUAACAACUGAUGUUUGUAUAUGAUCAAUAUAGUAUAAAAGUUCAAAUGAUAGUGUUAAAGCAGCCUUGAAUUAACCCAAGGGCAAGUUACGUGCAUGCAUUAUGCAUUAAUAACCUUAUCGACCAAGAUUGGUGCUCCACAAUCUUGGUCGAUAAUUGUCGGUGGAAAGUGCUACGUUCUUUCUUACGUUAGCAACUGCCCUUAAUUCAGCACUGCUUACUAACACUAAGCAAUGACUGUGACUAGCCCAUUUUUGCAGGCUUUAUUGUACCUAAUUUCGUAAAAACCGGGCAAAGACCACAACAUGUUUUUUUUUUCAUUCCUUGAGAGUCGCCCGUAUGACAUAUCCAGUAUCCGAAGUCACUGUUUUGCUACUUGUUUAUAGUGGCGUGGGUUUUUCUUUGAUAUAGUACUUCAAGUAACCGCAAAUACAAUAAUCCGAAAUUGUUUCAGCGUGUUGUGGUCUCCGCCAGGUCGGACUCAAAUAUCAUACAAUCGUAUUGUAAGGGGUUUUCCACAAACCCCACUUUUCACUUUAUGACGUAUCUUAUCCUACUUAAUGUGACGUAUCUCAACUUAAAUAUUAACAAAUUGCCGAGAAUAUGUCUUCGAACUUGGCUCAUCAAUUAACCUAUUCGUAAUUCUAGUGCGACAUUUGUAAAACAACAAUCUAAUUUACAUACCAUCUGGUUUCGUAUAACGUGUCACUUCUAUCAUUUUGAACUUAUACCUUUUAGUCUAAUACCUUCUCUGCUAAACUACUAAACUGAUAAAUACACAAAGAUGAGUAAAUUGUCCCUAUCAUAUUUUACGUGACGUCUUUAAAGGUAUAUAACCAAAUAACAACCGAAAGAAGUGAUAUUUAUUGUGUGACCUAGCCAUAUGCAAAAGUGACUAUUGGAUAUGUAAGGAUAGAUUCUCACUGGGAGAUAUAUUCUCAGUGCAAGUGGAGUCAUCUCAUAGCUCGUAAUGUUUCAUACUAAGAAUAAAGGCAAGGAGUAAGUGUCGUACGUUUGAUUUAUGUAAUGUUCAACAUGGUGCUUCAAGUCCAACUGUUGGUCAAUAAGUGGUUUUAUAUACACAUAAUUAAUUGUCGUAUUAAUUGUUAACGUAACGCCGUAUAUCCAUGGGACUCGAUAGAGUUCGCAACUGCCUUGUGUUUUGCAAUACUAUUUUGUAGUACUAAUUGUCAUCGGGAGUACAAAACUUCGUUUCGUGUCGUGUUUUUUUAUCUGUGUAGUGUUCUGUGUGACGAAUUUAUUGAGUACUUUCCAUAUCUUAAAUAUUGUGACAACUCGAAGGAUGAAUACCUGUGUUUGUCCUCAAAUACGUGCCAGAAUGUUAUUUGUAGUGUUUUAAAUGCCUGUGUUUAGUGUAAAGGUAAUAGGGAUCAACUCGGUAAUUACUGAAUUCCCCCACAAUAUGAUUAUAAUGAUUUGGUUUUAGAAUACGUUUAUGACCAUUAUUUGUCCUUUUUAUUAGUAUAUUGCUCAUUUUAAAUAUUUACCAUUUACAUGUUAAGGAAUAGAGUUUAAGUUCUUUUACAUAUUUCGAUCUUAUGUUUAUCACGCCUAUACAAAAAUUAUAUAAUCUGGUACCAUAGUCAAGUAGGAUAUGAAAUUGUAGCGUCCUCAAACAGCUUAGCUCUCCUUAGGUAUAGUAGUUUGUGUUGUGUUACGCACAAAUGGUAACGCCCGUAUAUUUUGUAUUAUCCACGAAUUAGUUUUACGAAUCGACAAUGUUUUUGAUAGACGGAUGUACAGCGAGGAUUUUAUAACAAUAUACAAAUUGUGUAACACUACGCUUUUUAUCGCUUUUGAUGUGUUUAUUUUAAAAUUUUGUUACCCAUCUUAGUCUUAAUAGGGAUGUAAACGAAAAUUUUAUAUCUAAAUAAUUCGAAUUAAUAAUAAUAAAUGAAAUUAAAAUUUAAAUAAUAUAGUGACAUAUGACUCGGCUACUGCAGUAAUGAGAUUCGUUUAGUUUCCAGGGAGAAUAAUGUGGCACUGGGGGUGUCAUUGUACUUACUUAGCGUACUAUUUGAAAUUAGUAAAACUUUUGAGUGCUCGUUGAUCCAAUGUAGAUAUUUAUUUUUGUUGAGAUGUACCCAAAAUAAGUAUAUUUAUGGAAGCAUACCUGGUAGAAUUUUAAUGAGGCGUUCGAGCUCCAUGAGCUUCUCGCUGCCUUUUUGAUUUCCCCCACAUGUUUGUUGGCGGAAUGCCACGCUGGUAAGACGGCGGUGAGCGGACACGAGACAAGACGAAGCCGCGUGCACGAAAUAGUAUUUAACGCCAAUUGAUAAAAAUGCAAAAAAGAGAGACGUCUCCUUAAUCGGUGGCUGUCGCGUGACACCCAAGCCAGCCGCGCCAACACCCGCUUGUCUCGUAUUCGUAUUUCCGCUCAUCGCACACGCGCAAACGACAGCGUGGCAUUCUCUUAGAAGUUCCCCUUGAGCAGAGCAUUUAACUGUGCGGCGUCCCUCCGCCGAGACGUGUUAGUGACGCUGACGCUUCCCGCUGUAGUAGUAAGUGCAUGACGGAAAAUUAAGAAAUCAGAAGUGCUAUAAUCUAUGAUAAUCAAAUAUUUAAUUAAUUAAGUUAUAAUUCUCCAAUAUUGUGGAAGAUGUAUAAUAUUUUUACUAAUAAAUUUAAUAUUGUAAA